AUGGUCAAACCCUCGCCAGAGAAAAAGACCCAAAACUGUAUAAGCAAGGCGCAACAAAAUUUCAAGGGAGUGAGAAUGAGAAAAUGGGGAAAAUGGGUUUCCGAAGUGAGAGUUCCCUACUUGAAAGGCAAAGGCAAGAUUUGGUUGGGAUCUUAUGAUACCCCUCAAGAGGCUGCUCGGGCUUACGACUGUGCUGUUUACUGCCUCAGAGGAUCGAGUGCCGAGUUUAAUUUUCCUGACUCUCUGCCGGAAAUUCCAUCGGCUUCUUUGCUCUGUCCCGCUGAGAUUCAAGCUGUUGCAGCCAAGUUCGGCAAGGAGGAAUUCCGGCAGGCUCUGGACUGCAAUGCCAAAUUUUCUGGUUCAGAAUCGCAGUCGUGUGUGUACAGUCGCCAAAGUUUAGAGGAGCAGGAUUUGGUAAUUUUAGAUUCACUUCUUGAAGAGGUAGAGAGCUUUGAGAGUCCGAUUACAGAGGAUUUUCUCCCUCUAGAUGAGUUAUUAGAGGAUACCGAUUUUCUCAAGAAUUUUUGCUCCACCGGAUGGACGAAGUGA